AUGGUCACCUCUGAGCCUUUAUCAGUGGCCAUUGUUGGCGGUGGCAUCAGUGGACUUAUCCUUGCCAUCGGCCUUCUUCACAACCCCCAACUCGAAGUCACGAUCUUCGAAGCUUCCUCUGCCUUUAUGGAAAUUGGUGCUGGUCUAGCUCUAGGGCCCAACGCUCAACGGGCCCUGAGACUCAUUUCCCCGGAUGUUGCACAAGCGUUUGAAGAUCUCGCAACAGGAAACUUGUCAUCUGAAUACAGCAAAGUCUGGUUCAACUUCAGACGUGACAUUCGAGGCCAGCAAUGCGACCUAGACCUCGGUGCCAUAGAAAACGACACUGGUCAACAGACGGUUCAUCGGGCCAAGUUUCUAGAUGCACUGACAGCUUUGGUGCCUCAAGACAAGGUUCAAUUUGGGAAACGGCUGCUGAAUGUGGUUCAGCAUGAUCAUCAUGUAGUGCUUCACUUCGAAGACGGGACGACAGCGAAAGCUAGUUGUGCAAUUGGUGCUGAUGGAGUUCACAGUAACAUGCGCAAAUACUUACUUGGUACAGCAGCACCAGCAGCCGUGCCGGUAUUUUCUGGCUUUGUGGCCUAUCGCGGCCUAAUUCCCAUGGAGAUUGCUGACAAGACACUGGGCAAAUUUGCUCGUGAUGCUUACUUGUGGUGCGGAAAUGAGUGCAUGGUCAUGAUAUAUCCCAUCGAUGACGGCCAGGUUGUCAACGUGGUCGCUGCGUGCCACAGGAAAACUUGGGACGACAAGGCGUUUGUGGUCAAUUCAACACAGGAACAGUUCAGAAGGGACUUUGACAGCUUGGACAGGAUACCACGGAAGGUUAUCGAGCUUCUGGGUAACCCAAUGCUUUGGGGAUUGCUGGACCAUAAUUCAGCGCCUUGCUACUACUUGAGAAAUACGGCAGUAAUUGGUGACGCCGCCCAUGCAACCACCCCGUUUCAAGGCGCUGGUGCUGGUCAAGCCAUUGAGGACGCCCUAGUUAUGUCAAAGUUGCUCGGACAGGUCCAGCGUCUAAACGACAUUGAGCCAGCUUUUGCGGCGUAUGAUGCUAUCAGAAGGCCCCGGACAGAGAGGGUGGUGCAGACCAGUCGACAGGCGAUGAAGCUGUUCACCUUUACCGAUGCCGCUGUCGGUGAUGACGUGGAGAAAUGGAAGCAGGCAUGGGAGGGAAGGAUGAACUGGAUCUGGGAUAUCGACCUGGAAGCCCAUGUCGCCGACGCUUUGGACAUGUUUGAGCUGAAUCGAUGUGCAUGUGAGGAAUGA